CUGCGCAUGCGCUAAAACAAAGGGGGGAAAAAAAGGCAGCUCACUCGCGAUGGUGUCGUCCUAGCAAACGUAAACUUUCUUGCCCAUUGGAGCUCAUUUCCCAACGCCGAUGGCAGGAUGCACCACGAAAAGAAAACGAGCAUGGAAGACACCUGGUCCGCGGCCGAGCUGAAAAGACUACUUUCCAGGAGGAAAGAACCGGAGCGCGACAGAAGGCAGCACCGCGGUGGGGAAUCCGUGGAAAGACGUCACAGGGACUCCCGAGGGGACAGAGACCACAGAGACCGUCACGGGGAGAGACGGGAUUCGCACACAGAGGAGAGACGGGGCGAGCAGCACAGGAGGACGGAGCGAGAAAGGCUGGAGGACGCCGACAGGCGUGCGCGGGACUCCAGAGAGGACAGAGACAAGCGGGAUCGAGGCGGGCCCAAGGAGGGACACGACGGGGAGUGGGACACAAUCAAGAGGAAGGAGAAAGAAAGACGGCGGGAAGAACGGGAAAGGAGGAGGCACGAGGAGAGGAGGGAAGACCGCGACAGACGAGAGAGGCACGAGGACAGGAAGCUGUCCAGGGACGAAAGAGAGCAAUACCGAAAAGAAAAGGAAGACCGAGAGAGGAGGCGCAAAGAGCGAGCCGACCACGAUGAAAAGCCGAGGCGCGCGAGGGAGGACGGAGCCGAGGAGGAGCGAGCCGAGAGGGAAAGACGCAAAGAGAGGCGACGCAGAGAAGACGACUUCGAGACGCAUCACGGCAGCUCCAGGGAAUCCAAAGGCGGCCACCGCCAUGACACCAGAACUACAAAAGCGGAGGAGGAUGUGAUGCGUUCAGGGAACAUGGCAGCUAAAGGCGCCGGAGACGCACAGGACCCGGUCGCCAAGGACGAGCCGUCACACGAGUACGAGGACGACUUCGAGGAUUACGAAGAGGAUUUCGAGGAGCUCGACGAGGACGGCGGGGAAGAGGACGGGGACGCCGAAGUGGGCGAGGACGUUAAAGCCAUCCAGAGGGCCAUGGGGGAGGAGAAUGAACGAGUUCGCACAUCUGUUUCUGCUUUGAGCAAAGAGGAGGAAGAAGAGGAAAAACCUGAAAGGUCCAGAGUUCGGUAUGAAAUCAACAAAUGUGGAAUCAUAACGCACCUUUCGCUAUCAGCGAAGCCCUCGGACGAGAAGGCCAGUCGCAGCUCCCAGCGAGGAAGGUUCAUCGACUUUGUGGCGGCGAAGCGGCGGGAAGUCAGCAAGAAAGUCGCCAUGAAACAAAAGAAGCGCAGUGCGGAGCUGCUUCGCUUAAUUGAUCUGGAUUUCUCCACCACGUUUUCCCUUCUGGAGCUGCCUCCCGUCAGCGAAUACGACAUGUACAUCAGAAAUUUCGGCGCCGCGAACACCAAGCAGGCUUACGUCCAGUGUAACGAGGAAAACGCAGACCGGGACGUCCAGACUGAGGAAGUGGAGUUGAGUGACAAGUGGACUCAGCAUCCCGCAGAGCGAAGCGGGGCCUGUGGUGAUCCAAACCAGUCACAUGAAAGUGGAAACAUGAGCGGGAUGAACUUCGAUUCGAGGCGCCUGACCAAGUUCCUGUGUGCCGCCUCCCAGGUGAUGUCCGUACUCCUGGAGGAGGAUCACGCUGAGAGGAGUUCCUCCCAGGGCCGGACGGCACAAAAGGACGCUCUGUCGUUCAGCGACGGGAGCCUCCAACUCCACACCGCCUUGCCUUUCCUCCGCGGUCGCGCCGUCAGCCAGUUGCUCUUCUCGCAGGUGCAGAGGCACAAGCUCCUGUCGGUCCACGAGGCCUCGAGUUCCACCGGCGACGUCACGCCACAUCACGGCUGCGCCGUCAUCUGCGUCUGGAACAUGUGGGAGCCGUCGACACCGCAGAAGAUCCUGCUCUGUGAAUCGGAGGUGCAGUGCUGCUGUUUCAGCCCCGGAAAGGCCACGCUGGUGUUCGCCGGCACGCGCGACGGCUCCGUGGCGCUGUGGGACCUCAGGGAGCCCGACGGCAACCACCAUCGCUUGAAGGUGGGCGGGGACGAGUGGACCUUCAGACGGCCAACCUUUUCCACCGAUGCCGUGCCCUCCGCCCAUUUCUCAGCAGUGACGUCCGUAGAGGUCGUUCCCGCCAGCGUAUCCGGGGGGCCGGGGUCGGAGGCGGUCUUCCUGGCAUCUGAGGAAGAACUGUUGGGGUUGUCCUUCCAGUUGGCCUCCAUGGACGAGAACGGGCUGUUGAAUCUUUGGGUGGUAGUGCAACUCCCAAAAGGCAACGAGGCCGGCUCCCAGACAGAUCUUGGUCUGAGGCCGGGCGGCAAAGUGAAGCUGCUCCACAGCUCCGCCUGCGUGACGGCUAAACGGGUGUCGCCGUCGCACGCAGACAAAACAGGACCCCCCCAGUCGCUCCACGUGAAAUUCCUCCCCACCGACCCCAGCCAUUUCUUCCUCGGCACCAAUAUGGGUCUGGUGAGUCACGGCACCACUCAGGGUUUGAAAGCCCUGCCCAAGUGCUACAGCUCGCGGCAGUUUGCCACCCGCCUCGUUGAUGUCACCGCCAUCCAAUUUUCUCCUUUCAGGCCACACUUGUUUUUGGUGGGCUGCAGCGACGGGACCGUGCGGCUGCACGAGGUCAGCCGCGACAAACCGGCGGCCGAGUGGACGGACGGCACCGCCGGCAAGGAGGUGGUCUCGGUGCAGUGGAGCCAGACCAGGCCGGCGGUCUUCUGCGUGCUGGACGCCGCGUCCCGCCUUCACAUUUGGGACCUGCUCAAGAGCGACGCGGCACCUGUGGUCACAGAGGAAAUGGACACUGACAGGCUGACGGCCGUGGCUGCGUUCGGAGACGCGGGACAACAGAACACUUACUCGGGAAUAGCGACAGCGCACCGCUCGGGGAAAAUUGAGAUGCAUUAUUUCACGAGGGAAUUCACCAUGCAAAAGGCGCACGAAGAAAAUGCGUUGGAGGCAAAGGUUGUGGAGUCUUUUUGAACAACACAAAUAUUGUAUACAUUUGGUCCCUUGUGUAUUUUAAUAGUGUAUAGUUGCAUAUGUAAAUAUAAACUUCUACUCU